UUCACUGUGUGUAUAGCUACAACGCAGUCAUUCGGUGUAUCAUGAACACUGGAUUUAAAAUGUAUCAACUAUUUGGAUUAACAGUUUAGUUAUUGUGAAUUUUUCCAGUUAUUUUGGGAUAAUGGCUGACGAAGAUGCCUCGAGUGAACAAUCCCUCGCCUCCGAAACAAUGUGAACGUGAAGCUAUGGAAGUUGAUGUUCAGAUACAGAAAAAAGAUUCAGACGACCUGGAAGAUGACGAGGAUGCAGAAUGUGACGCCGAGAGUAUGACGUCAUCGUCAGGAGCCGCUGGCCCACGUCUUAAUCAUCUCUCAGAAGGGCUUGAGAAACUAUGGAUUACUGGAGCGCAUUCUGACAUCAAAAUAACCGUGGAGAGUCGAGUUUUCAACUGCCAUAAAGCCGUUUUGUUCGCGACAUCACCCUAUUUUGAUGCAAUGUUUUCGUCUGGAAUGAGGGAGAGUGUUAGUGGAGAAAUUACAUUCAAAGAAAUGGAGGCAGAUACGUUUGAACUGGUGAUGGAAUAUAUUUACACUGGUAAAGAGGUUGUAACUCAAGAAAAUGUGAUAAAACUACUGAAAGCCUCUUCUCUUUUACAAAUAAAAUCGUUAUGUGAAAAAUGUGAGGCUAUAUUAGAACCUUACAUAGAUCUGGAUAACUGUAUAGAUAUUUGGCGAUUGGCUUUAAUCCACAGUUGGGAAAAAGUACGAGUAAGGGCUAUUAAAAAGAUUCUCAAAAACUUCCUCCAACUUUAUAAAACAGAUGCAUUUAUGCGUCUUGACGCUUAUGAGUUGAUUCAGAUAAUCAAGGAUGAUGAAUUGGAGGUACCGGCUGAAGAGAUAGUACUUGAUGCCGUGUUUGCGUGGUCUCGAAGAGGUGAUCCUAGCUUGAGGAAGCUUAAACUUGGACAAAUACUGGCGAACGUUCGAUUAGGUCACAUAUCUGCUGAACGAUUAGCGGUGCUAAAAAGUAGUCCAACAUCUUUGGUGAUGGACGACCAACUUGCACAGCAAUACAUUGAUGACGCAAUACAAUACAAAUUACUCCCUGCCCGCCGGCAGGAAGCUAACUCAACAGUUACCCAUCAUAGGCGUUGUAGUCAGUUUGACGAGGUUCUAGUCGUUAUGGGAGGCUGUAUGUCUAUGCACCCGCCAUAUAAACGCUGCAAUGACGUUUUAGCGUACAGUUUUGCUGUUGAACAAUGGUAUAAAUUAGAAUCUCUCCCAUAUGACCCUGGUAUCGAAUUUGCAACAUGCACUUAUGGAAAUGAUGUUUAUCUUACAGGCGGGGGUAGCCGAACUCAAACUUUUUUGAAAUAUCGCGCUGACAAAAACAAAUGGAAGAUUGGUAAACCUUUAUGUCAAGGUCGCAGAAGACAUGUCAUGGUAGCCCUCACAAACACGCUUUAUGUAAUAGGUGGCUACGAUCAUCGUUUGGCUGAGGGAAACCGAAUGUUAGCUAGCAUUGAAAAGUAUGAUAUGAGUGAGGAUGGUUGGGACGAAGUGGCACAACUUCCUAUUCCAGUGAGUUCUUUCUCGUCUGCUGUAUCAGGGGAGAAAAUCCUCCUGUUUGGUGGAGAAAAGAAUGAUAAAACAGACACUGGGGUUGUUCAGUGUUUCGAUACUAGAACAAAUGAAUGUACAAAAAUCACAAGCCUUUCUAUCAUUUCAAAACUUACUAAAGCAGUAACUUCAGGUAGACGAAUAUUUGUAAUUUUCUUCAGCGGGAAAAUAGUGGAAUAUAACCCUUUUGGGAAUGGCCAAGUGUGUAAUCUUGUUGGGACAGUAAAAUCAUUCCGCCGCAUUCACUAUGGAGCGGUGCAAUAUAGAGGCAAUAUUUUCAUCGUUGGAGGAGAGAAUGAGGACACUUCCUUAACGCGGGAAAUGAUUGUUUUUAAAACGGACAGGGGUGAAGCUGAAAAAGCCCGAGUCCCUCUUCCUAAUGCAAGGCUAAUUGAUAGUUGUGUGAAAAUAGCAUUGAACAAAAAGUUUCUUGUUGAAGAGAAAAACGAGUCUGAGCCGGGUACAGACGCCGAGGCUCAUGAUGGUGAUGAUAAUAACUGAUCAUAAUGCAUGUAUACUUGUAAGCUGUGUGUUCAACAAUUACCAAAGUGUUAAUGAAUCAAACUUUUACAUUACUGCUGCCCUCUCUAUUUAAAUGUAUGUAUAUGUGUUACCGGGAGAAUGACAUUUGGUUUGAAACUUACAAAAAUAAUGAUUCAUUGCCACUGGAAAAGAUGCAUUGUCAGGAAUAUUCUUUUUAGCAUGUAAAUUUUGCUACCUGUAUCAAUUAUGUGGGAAAGGCAAGAUGGUAUAAAAAAUCGUAACUCUGAAAAUUUCUAAUGUAUUUUAUGAAGAUUAUUUAAGGAUCACAUGUAUAUCAUAAUAUCAUGAAGAUUUAAAAGUUAAAUUUUUCAACAUACAUUGAUAUCUUAAUUGACUCUACUGGCCAAACUGUCUGUCUGUCU